AUGGCCUGGUCGCAUGUAUCUGUCACACAGCUCGUGCUGUCUCUCGGAAUCGCAGGAGUCAUCUAUGUAAUCGGUCUCGCGAUCCAACGACUAUGGCUCUCCCCGAUUGCCCAUAUCCCGGGCCCCAAAAUCGCGGCCCUAACCAUGUGGUAUGAAUUCUACUACGACUCAUACCUCGAAGGUGAAUACACCUUUAAAAUCGCCGAAAUGCACCGCAAAUAUGGUCCCAUCGUCCGAAUCAGUCCCUACGAGCUUCACAUCAACGAUCCCGAAUACUACGACGUGCUGUACUCCCGCGAAGCACCCCGGAACAAGUCCCUCCAUUUGACCGGCAUGUUUGGAGCCCCCGCAUCAGCCUUCGGCACGGUCGACUAUCGUCGCCAUCGGAUACGACGCCAACCGAUGAACCCGUUCUUUUCUCAGCAGCGCAUCCGUCAACUCGAGCCCAUGCUGCGCGGCAUGGUGGACAAGUUAUGCGAUGGAAUGCGCGCAUGGAUCGAUAGACGCGCCCCACUCCAUAUGUACCAUGCGUUCAAUGCAUUCACCACGGAUGUAGUCGUCGAAUACACCAUGGGCAACUCAUUCCACUACCUCGACGAUCCCGAUUUCACCCCCCAGUGGUCAAAGACAAUCCAGGCUAUCGUGCGUGCGGGCAUGCAAUUCAAACAGUUCCAGUGGUUCAUGGGUCUUUUUGAGGUUCUCCCGCGCUGGCUCGUCCUGAGCAUCAACCCGGAUAUCGGCCCUGUUCUCGACCAAAAGGCUGAAAGUAUCCGUCUGGCCAACUUGGUGAUUGACAGUCAGAAUGCGGACGAAAUAUCUGGAAAUAAGUCCGGAGUACCCAAGGGUACCUUGUUCCAUGCUCUUCUGCAAAGCAACCUUCCGCCUGAAGAGAAGUCGGCCAAUCGGUUGAGCCAGGAGGUUUUCACGGUUAUCGCGGCUGGUGGAGAGACGACGGCGAAGAAUUUGACUACGGUUACUUUCCAUCUCUUGAGUAACCCAGACAUGCUUAAGAAACUGCGGGAGGAAUUGAACCGGUUGGAUCCUGAUGGGACGGCUACUUUGACGGAUUAUGAGGCAAUGCCUUACCUGUCCUCCAUAAUGCUGGAAGGUCUUCGAGUCUCCUUCGGCGUUGCAACCCGACUUCAACGCAGCUCGCCUGAUCAACCUAUGAUGUAUAAAGACUGGGUCAUUCCUCCCGGGGUGCCGGUCGGCAUGACAAGCCUAUUACUCCAUAACAACCCCGACAUCUUCCCCAACCCAGACAAAUUCGACCCAGAAAGAUGGAUGGAUCUAACAGAAAGACACCGCUUGGAAAAGUACCUGGUGGCCUUUAGCAAAGGGUCUCGACAGUGCAUCGGUAUUCCCCUCGCCAAAGCCGAGAUCCUCCUAGUCAUCGCCACUAUUUUCCGAGAAUUCGAAAUGGAGCUAUACAAGACUACCUUUGAGGAUGUCCGUGUCGUGCGUGACAUGUUCAAUGGUCAUCCCAGGAAAGGAAGUCAGGGUGUUCGCGCUUUGAUUACGGGGUGGAAUGGAAGGCCGGGCUCGGCGAGUUCUUGA